AUGGGAGGUCCCUCCUGUGCCUAUUGGUAUUGUGGUUAUUCAGUGCUCCCACUGGGCCACUGGGCCACUGCCUCUGCCCUUUCCUUGGGCCAUCCGUUAGAGAUGACUCCGGCCGUGACCGGGGAGACAAAAAAGGUUCGAAGCCCAAUUUUCAGUCAAGGAUCCCUUUUUGGUUGUUUCGGUUUUGCUCCACUCCAGCGUGGAAGAACAAACCGAACUCUGUGGGCGGCUGGGCGCCAAGGCCGGGAUUCGUUGGGCUCUGAUGGGGGUUUGUAUCUUGUAUUUGUCUGUCCUGUCUGUCUUCUUUUUCUUGUUGAUGACGUGAUAACUUACUAUGUAGUUAACUACCGGAUGAGUCCAUGGAUUGUCUGA